AUGUGCUGUGCUCCGAGAACGAUUCCUUACAAGGCACAGCGUAUCUCACAGUUCAAUAGGACCUUCAUAGAUCAACAAUAUGCCAAUCCAUUGCAAACUGAAACAUUUGUGUACAAUUAUUAUAGGCAAUACAUUGAGGUGAAUCUUCCAGUGUGUCAGGCUGAGUUUAACCUCUUUAGUGCCAAGAUCAAUGCGUAUGUGGAGGCUCUUACUCGAUGCAGCAAUCAUGUUGGGAACAUCCACACGGAAAAUAGCUUUCCAACUUCCCAACAAGUGAAUGAUUAUGUUUCGUGUUGGAUCGAUGCCCUGCCCAAGAGUGCCAUACGCAAUGUCUUGUCAUUGAUGGGAAGAUCCAUUCAUGAUGAGUUCCCAUCCAGUCAAGAUUCGCAAACAUCCAGAGAUUCAUUGAUUGCUUUAUUCAAAGAGUUCAUGUUGAAUCAAUAUGGGCAAGAGAAUUGUGAGGACUCAAACGGUAAAGUUGGUUAUGGAUACUCCCAAGAAGAAUGUGAAAAACAAGUGUGUAAUGUGGAUCCAACUUUCGCCCUUGUGAAUUGUACAGGACAUGUUUGUGCCUCUUCAUGUAAGAGUGUUCUUUUUGGAAAUUCCACUUUUUGUGCUCAUGAGGAAUCUCAAUUCACAGAUCAAGCAAGUUGUGAGGAGCAAAAAGCCUGUUAUUAUUAUAUCAUUGACACUCUUCAAAACACAACCAUAACCAUUGAGGUCGAUACAAGCAUCACUAAUGCAUACGUUUGUGAGUCUUCAGGAAAAUGUUCUCAUCCACUGUGUCAGGAUGGGACAUGCUACCAAUCGAAAUGUGAAAGCAUGGGAGUGUGUGAAAACUUUCCAACCAUUCAAGGCAAAUUUACAAGUUUGACCGAUCUGCAUUGUGUCUAUGCUCCCUUGAUGACGUCGGAUGGUAAGAAUAUCCUGUGCAAGAAUAAUGAUACUCUCUCCAUCAUCGGUUGUAUCACUGACAAGGUCGAGAAUUGA